AUGACUAUUGAUCAACCCCAAGAUAAUAAUAAUAAUAAUAAUAAUAAUAAUGAUAUAUUUAUAACUAAAUUUGUUCCAAAAUCAGGGGAACAAGAAAUUGAACAGUCAAUAGAAGGUAAAAUCCAAGAAAUUGUUUGUCAUGUACAAGUAGAUGAAAAGUUAUAUACAACAGAUAAUUAUUCAGACUAUCAGAUAACAGAUAAACCAAAUAAUAAUAAUAAUAAUAAUAGUAUUGACAAUAAACAAUAUUCCCAAACGUCAUUUGAUAAAACAUCAAUUGAAACUUGAACAUUUAAUUUCAAGAAACAGUCAGUAUACAUAGAGCAUAUUCAUUCCUAAUCAUUUACACACUGUUUCAAUAUAUUUCUUUAACUGUUCAUAGGUAUUAUAUAUAUAUAUAUAUAUAUUUCAAAACUCCUUUAUUAUUAUUUUUUCCUAGAUAUCUAAGAUAGUCUUUAUUAUUGUUGUUGGUGUUCUUGUCGUUGUCUGUGGACAAUGUCUUCCUUCUUGUUCUCCUUCUUCUUCUUCUUCAUCUUCUUCUGUAAUCUAUUAUACAAAACAAAGAGUUUAUUUUCACUUCAUAAUAUAAAAUUAAAUAAUUCAAAGAUAUUUUGUUUUAACAAUUUUAUUGUAAGACUUGCUAACAUGGAAUUGACAAAAGUUGGAAAUUGUAAACCAUUGAAAACUAGUUAAUACGUUCACCGGGGAAACCUAAAAGUUCUGAGUUGUGGGUACGUACUGAUGAGGAAGUCCCAUACCAGUUGUUCAGUGCUCCAAUGUUUUCAAUGGUUCCCUAACUGAUAUCAGUCUAUGAUAAAUACUACUUCUAAGGUGGAAUGUUAUCACAAGUUACAUUCCAUUGGACAUCUUGAAUCAACUUUUAAAAAUGUCUUUCCAAAUAACUGGUAUAUAUGACGCAUCUGCGUAUUUGAAAAUAGUAUGUUUUUGAACGAAUAUGAGGAAUUUUAUCUCAAGAAACUGAAAAUAUCUUAGGAAAACAAGCAACUGAUUAC